AUGACAUACUAUACAAAAACAAAUGACCGCAUUAAAGCUCAUACGAUUGUUGUUCUAUGCAUCGUAGGCAUCUGGAUGAUUUUCGGAGCAUGCUUUGCAAGUAAUGAAUGCAAUGAUUCGAAUACAGCAAAGAUUAAAGAAUCAUUAGAGAAUUCAAACAAGAGUGAUUUAGCUUCCGCUAUGUCUGAUGAAAGCCGCAAUAGAAUGCUGGAACCACCCAAUGGAUCAUUGGCUUCAAAAAAUACAGCACCAAAUUCAAAAAAUCAUGAAAGUGGCACACUCCAUCCAACUGCUCCAGAACAAAAAAGCAUAAUAGUUACUACAUUCUAUAUAGAUGAAUUUGGAAAAUUAUUUUAUAUGAAAUAUAAAAGCCACAGAAUUUAUAUGUACUUAACAGCAAAUAUGGUAUUCAAAGAUAACAUCCUGUAUAAUGUAUACAAAGAUGAAUCUGAGAAUCAGAUUCUUAUAGAUAGUAGCAUACGUCCUUAUUCUUUUGGUACUAAAGACAUAUCUAGUAGAGCACAUAGCAGCCAGGAAGAAAGCAUACUUAAUCCAGUUAAAGUAACCACACCAAAGCGCCUGAGAGAUUCUACUUUAAGCAGUUCAGGCGAUAAUUUAAGUCUCAAGAAAAGAAAAUAUACAAAGAGUAGAGAGAACACAGAUUCUAUUCAUAGAACUAGCUUAUACAUUGAAUUGAAUAAUUACCAAGCUGCCUGUAAGAACCUCAAGACCUACAAAUCUGAAGCAAAAAGCAAUACAACCCGAGAUAAACCCCAUGAUUUUUCAUACUUGUUUACUAAAGGUGGCAUGGAUAAUGGAAAUACAAAAUGUGAAUGUAGUAUUAAGAAGAACUACGAAAAUCAAUAUCAAUUCUGGCACUUUUUAACUAGCACACGCUAUAACUCCUUGGCUGAAAAGAUAGAGUGCAUCAACAACUUAGCCAAUAAGAUAGAAACAGAAAAAUAUAAUAGGAAGAAUGGUUAUUAUUAUUAUUCCUUUUUAGAAGACUUAAAAAAAUACAUAGAAACUCAUAUAGACAUAGCGCAUAUUAGUGCAAAAUACGACUACACAGACAGCUGUAAGAACAACAUAUGCUCUAUGUCUAAAACAGAGCCAGAGACACUUGAAGAAAUAUACGAAGAAACCCAAACAGAUCUUAAGUGGUGGGUUAACAGUAUGUCUAUUAUCUCUGCAAAAACUGAGGAAAUGAAGAGUGCAGGAUCUGCAGAUGCAGCACUAAAAGAAAAGCUGCAUUUGAUUCUAAAGCUACCAGAGAUACUUAGAGACUUGGUUCUGAUAACCCCCGAGAUACUGGCAAAAACAAAGGAAGAAAUGGAAAAUCACUCUAACUUAGAGGCUAGCAAGUUUUUCUGCAUUAUAGAGUACUUAUACUACUUAGUGAACGAUGAUGCAGACAAAAUGAAUAUUGCGUAUAAUGAAGUUAAAGCGCUAUCUGUGAACGAAGAGUCUAUAUGUACCUGCAUUACUAUGGAGGUGUAUAGGGCUGUUUAUAACGUGUUUUGUUUAUUCUACCAAUGUGCACCAUUUACCUGUGUGGCAGAUGUUAAAAGUGAAGAAGGCAAAGUAGAAAAAAAAGAAGCACACAUUAAAAGAAUUUUUCAGUCCUACUGUCCGUACAUACCGCAGAGUGGAGUCUUCAGACUGCAUGGAAAAAGAGCAAUUGUAAAGCCAACCCUCGGAAAAUACAAUCCCAGUAAGACUACAAAUUCAACUAGCGAUGACUUCAACUCAACUAACAUAGAAGAACAAAAUGAACCAUUUUUAAAUGUAGCAUAUCAAUGCUCCAAAGAACACUAUCAUGUGCAGCUAGUUGAUAACACCCGUCAUACCGUAAAACUCAUUCCUAUUCCAUAUCCUUCCUAUUGUAAUUUUUACAUUUCUAGAGAUGGAUCUAUACAAAGAAAAACUCAUUCAAUUCGAUAUAUAGUAAAGUACAUAAAGUCUAUACUGAAGUCAACCUAUCCAGAAAAGAGUUCAGAUUUUAAUGUCUACCCAUUUAAGUAUAAUAGAAAGAGUGGAGUAUGGGCAUUAAUAGAUGAGAAUUUCACUUUUCAUGGAAUGAAAGGAUUAAAUGCAACUCUAAAUGUAGCGAAUAGCUAUAAAUGUGAUGUAGUCUUCUACUACUUUGAAGAGAAUAUACAUACAGAUUACUUUAAGUGUAUAGAUUUUCAAGACUCAGUUGAUCCGAACUCCGAAACACACCGAAUUCCUUUAUUUCUUACAAACUUUAUGCUGACCAGUACUAUAAUUAGCCCGUAUAUAUUUUUUAAUGAAACAUGUAUUCGAACCGAAAUAAUUGAAAAUUAUGCCACUCAGAAAAAAACAAUUAAACCUACUGAAAUGACUAUCGAUACAGCUGCAACCAGCCAGAACUCAUCUGCCACAUUAACAAGCAACAAUAAAUCUCAAUCCAAAAGAAGCUAUGUUAAUUACUACUACAGUGACUUUUUGAUUCAGAAUAUACACGAAAAAGAAUUCUGCACUGCAGAAUGCUUUGUUACAGAUAUCUCACUUAAAUUAUCAGAAAAAACUGGUCAGCCAUCUACAGACUGGGAUACACAGAUAAAGAAAAGCGUACGCGAGUAUGCAAGCUAUCGCUUUCAUAUAAGUGCGGCUCAGAAACUUCUGAGAGAAAGUCUGCUGCGAGACAAAAAAGAGGUAGCUCCAACACUUCUGGAUAUAUUGCAGCGCGAGAAUUUAUCUGGCGACAAAGUCACAUACGGUCUGUGCAUCUAUACAUCUUUGGAAGGCAACGAAGUUGCUAUUCCAAUUAUGUGCGAGAAAAUGCGAAGGCUUUUGAGUGAGAACAUUGAUGGUGAGAUUAAGUCCAAGCAUGCAAAUUGGAAAAGUGACAUUCUUCCUCCACGGAUUGAUAUUAAAGAUAUAAAAGAGAAUACUACUGUCUUUAUCACAGUAAAAACCUUUAACUACACACAGGCAAACCUUGGAAUACACUAUGACCUGCUAGCUGCUCUCUUUCAUAACAAAAAUAAUUUCGCACUAGCACCAUAG